ACUUGAUUGAGUCUAAGUGCAUUCUUUCCCUGUCUCCUGUAGCCAUUUCUCACACAACUUACAACUUGAUUGAACGCUGUGAAGGAUGCCGAUUCAAGUUGAAACUAUAGGGUAUUAUCAUCGAGAUUCGGAAUUAAACAUCACUCCGAAUCUCCUUCCUAAAGUUCUCAAUGAGAACAAAAAGUAUCUCGAGGACCCAACUCUGCCAUUUCCUUAUGUAGAUGUUCAAUUGAAAGUUCCUGAUAAUGGAGGCGGAGAAAAGCAUAUGGAAUCCGUACUGAGCUAUUUGAAUCAAAUGGGUUGGCCGAAUAAGAAAAAACCGGAUUUUGUAACAAACCGGCACACUAUUACCACAAUUGCAACGACUGGAUUUUCAUCCAAAGAGCAAGCUCAGCGACUUUUAAUUUUUCGAUACUCUGGCGUGAUUUUCUUGUUGAAAUCUAGUGAAUUCGAUGAUCUGACACCUGAUAUUUUGAAUUAUGCCAUCAAAUUUGAACACUUCUUCAAGAAAACUUCGGAUGAGGAGCCGGUCGGUGGUGAUGGAACGGUCAGAAAGGCAGUUUUCAAAGCAACAAUUCCACGUGGCAAUGAGCACCCUUACAGUGUUUUGUAUUCCGGGGAGAUGGAUGCCAUUUAUGAUGAGGAAAGUCGCGAGCACGUGGAGCUGAAAGUCUUUGUAAAUGGACUAGACAAUUACAAGUGGAAAUUCAGAAGUUGCUGGAUGUACUGGCAAGCCUUCUUCUCGAAUGUUCCAACACUGGUUAUUGGAUCAAGAACGGGGAAGGAGUAUCAGUCGAUUUCAAAACAUAUUCCCGGAUUCUCGUUGUACAAAGUUGAAAAACUGGAACGCGAUUCGAUUCCUUCAACGGCAGCAGCGAAACAUGCUCAGCGAAUGGGAGACCGCCCGUUCCCACCCAAGAUCUGGUCAGUUGCCGCUGGAGAACGACAUCUUCGUGUAUUCCUGCAAUUGGUCAAGGAAACAGCAAUUUCUGAUGGAGAUUGCUUCGUUCUCUCGCGAAAUGGUGAAAGAUCCAGGUGGAUAAUCGAGAGGGAUGAGGAAUCGGUUGCGGAAUUCAGAAAAGUAAUUGUUAAGAGUAUGCCAAAAUAAAUGUUGAUUUCUAAAAAAAA